ACUAAUGUCAUGUAUGAUAGCCAUGAGCUAAUAGCACUAGAGAGCUAACGUCAGAGAACUAACGUAAGAUAAUUAGCGUAAGAGAACUAACGUAGGAGAGCUAAUAACACAGGAGAGUUAACGUCAGAGAAAUAACGUAAGAUAAUUAGCGUAAGAGAACUAACGUAGGAGAGCUAAUAACACAGGAGAGCUAACGUCAGAGAACUAACGUAAGAUAAUUAGCGUAAGAGAACUAUCGUAGGAGAGCUAAUAACACAGGAGAGUUAACGUCAGAGAACUAACGUAAGAUAAUUAGCGUAAGAGAACAAACGUAGGAGAGCUAAUAACACAGGAGAGUUAACGUCAGAGAACUAACGUAAGAUAAUUAGCGUAAGAGAACUAACGUAGGAGAGCUAAUAACACAGGAGAGUUAACGUCAGAGAACUAACGUAAGAUAAUUAGCGUAAGAGAACUAACGUAGGAGAGCUAAUAACACAGGAGAGUUAACGUCAGAGAAAUAACGUAAGAUAAUUAGCGUAAGAGAACUAACGUAGGAGAGCUAAUAACACAGGAGAGCUAACGUCAGAGAACUAACGUAAGAUAAUUAGCGUAAGAGAACUAAUGUAGGAGAGCUAAUAACACAGGAGAGUUAACGUCAGAGAACUAACGUAAGAUAAUUAGCGUAAGAGAACAAACGUAGGAGAGCUAAUAACACAGGAGAGUUAACGUCAGAGAACUAACGUAAGAUAAUUAGCGUAAGAGAACUAACGUAGGAGAGCUAAUAACACAGGAGAGUUAACGUCAGAGAACUAACGUAAGAUAAUUAGCGUAAGAGAACUAACGUAGGAGAGCUAAUAACACAGGAGAGUUAACGUCAGAGAAAUAACGUAAGAUAAUUAGCGUAAGAGAACUAACGUAGGAGAGCUAAUAACACAGGAGAGCUAACGUCAGAGAACUAACGUAAGAUAAUUAGCGUAAGAGAACUAAUGUAGGAGAGCUCAUAACACAGGAGAGUUAACGUCAGAGAAAUAACGUAAGAUAAUUAGCGUAAGAGAACUAACGUAGGAGAGCUAAUAACACAGGAGAGUUAACGUCAGAGAAAUAACGUAAGAUAAUUAGCGUAAGAGAACUAACGUAGGAGAGCUAAUAACACAGGAGAGCUAACGUCAGAGUCGGAAUUAAACCCAUGGAGGAAAGAUCGGAGUCAGUGCAGGAGCUGAAGACACAGCUGGAGGAGACAGAUGUGACCCUGGAGCAGAAGAUCAAGCUGCUCAACAGCGCCAUCAACAGCGCUCUGCACACAGACACCGUCGCUCUGACUCGUGUGACGUCUGAGUUGUAUCACAGCGGCGUCCUCCGUCACUGUGUCCAUGACGUCCUCUCUCUGGACGGUAGAAGACUGCAGGGACACUGGAGCUCCGCCUCCACACUCGCACAGCUCACCAGCUCGUGCUGUGCUGCUGUUGACCCUGGUGACCACUGGGAGGCGUUUCACACACUCUUCCUGCCGUCAGUCGUGGACGCCCUCCUGUCAUUGGCUGCUCAGAUGACGAUGAUGAGGACGACGUCUCAGGGGUCAGAGGGUGUGUCCAUGUUCAGGACGGUGAUGGACUCAGUGAGUCAGCUGCUCACGGCUCACGCUCAGCUCUCCUCACAGGUCCUCAGCUCUGUUCACUACGAGCACAUCCAGAUGUGUGAUGAUGUCACUGUGUCCCUGAUGUGCAUUAACAUGUGGAUUCAAACCUGCAGCGUCAGCAGGAACUUCCUGUCGAGCCUGAGUGACGACUCCAUCCUGUUGCUCCUCAGCGAGGCUGUUGGCCAAUUAGCCGUCAGCGCGGACUCUGCAGUGGGCGGAGCCUCUGUCAGACUCCUCUUCCUCAUGUCCAGUCAGCUGCAUGUGUGGCCCCUCCUCCUCAGCUUCAGAGGUCUGGACAACCUGCUGGACAAAGACUGGAGGGGGCGGGGCUUUGACCAGGAUGUAGAUCAGCUGAUAAAGCUCAUGAAGUCACACAGAGGCAGGAUCAGUCCCUCUCAGGAGAGCAGCGAGCGUGUGCGCGCGGCGUGCGUGAUCCAGGCGGCUUGGCGCUCGCAUCAGACCAGACGCAGAGUGAAGAGCCUGAGUCGAGCGGUGAGCUCGCUGCAGAGGAGCUUCAGGGCUCGGAGGAAGCAGCAGCAGCAGCAGGAGGAGGCACAGAAAUGGGAGGAGGAGCUUAAGUACCAGGUGUGUUUGCGGCGUAAGCAGGCGAGGAGGGCGUUCCACGAGAAGCAGAGAAAACUGCUGCAACUGCUGCCCCCUGGUGACCACACACACACACACACACACAACAUGAGACUGCAGAAAGUGAGUGUGUGUGUGAGUGUGUGUGUGUGUGUGUCAGGUCAGGUGCAGUCGUACCUGUCAGAGUGUGAGCGUUGUGCGGCCGUGAGGAUCCAGAGUUUGUGGCGAGGCUUCAGAGAUCGUCGUCUCUUCACCAACACGUACAGACGCUCGCUGAGGGAGCGACGCGCUGCCACAACCCUGCAGAGAGCUGUGCGUCGCUUCCUGCAGAGACGGCGAGCAGCCAAAGCCCCGCCCACCACAGCUCUCUGGCUUGGCCACAGAGGUUUGACGGACAGCAGUAGGGCGGAGCUAAAGGCACAGGUGGAGGAGUACGUCGCCGCCCAUCCUUCGUCCUGCGUGUCCCGAGAGGAGUGUGAGCGCCUCCAUGUGGACGUGCAGCUGCUACUGCAGGCGGAGCUUCAGAGAGGAGACGAGAGGAGGAGGGAGGAGCAAAGGAGGGAGGCUCUGCUGGCUCACACACACACACUGCUGGAGCAACUGAGAGAGGCUCCGCCCCUCUCCGUUGUCACGGCAACAGUUGCAGACUCCUUCCUCAGCCCGUCAGGCGUCAUCGCCGCCCGUGCCCGUGACUCCCACAAUGCCUUGCUGCAGGAAACUCGCCUGCCGUGGUGGAGGACGCUGGGAGAGGCAGAGGACGUGCUCGGCCCCGCCCAGCCGCUGGUGGAGCUGGAGGCGGAGCUCGGAGGACUGUUUGUGGGCGGGACAGUGUGACUGACAGGAUGUGAUUAUUGAUCACUGCUGUUUGUUUAUGUUGUUGCACACACACACACACACACACACACACACACACACACUGUCAUUAAAGUUUCUCUCUGGAUUAAAA